GGCACACGAUUACAAGACAUUUCUAAUACGUGUUCUAUUUGAAUUUGAUCUGCUAUGAUAUUGUGGUUGAAAACAUAAUGGCGACUUUGGAUCAUGCAACCGACUCUUUUGAGUCAUAUAACAUGGACAAAGAAAAGAGCCAGGAACUUAAACGUUUGGCUGAGAAACUGGACUCGAAGUUAUCCACAGCUAUUCAGCAGACGCUGGCAAUAGUGCCAAUACACAACACAUUGCUAGAGGAACUAUCGGAACUAAAACUUGUUCCAGUCGGAAGUUCUCAAGAUGGGUCUAAGGUGAACACCCCCUACGACGCUGGUGACGUGGAUAUUAUGCUUAUUGAAACGAAGAAGCUUUUAUCAGAACCUUUGUUUCGGUAUGUUAAAGAUCAUCCGGCGUCCCUUUGGGUACUUGGUAAGAACAAAGCACACGAGGAGUAUUUUAAGGACCUAACUUUAAUUGAAGGUCAGUAUGUCCCAGUGACUGCGCUGAGACAUAUCAAAGGCGAAUACGAAGAACAAUUAAACGCCGUUAUCAACAGGAAAGUACAAAUCGGUGCAUACAUUUCUGAAGAUAGAAUCAAUACCAUUGGGCGAUCGAAAGUAGGUUAUAAAUAUGAAUCGACACAAACUGGAGACGAUACGGGCAACACAGAAGAAAAAUCACUUGAAUUCGAGAAAUGUCUGUCCGCAGACAUUGUUCCUGCUUUUUCGUUCAAAGGUUGGCCAUUUUCAGCGAAUGAAUGGAUUAAGAGAAAAAGAGAAUGGCCAUCAGAGGAUGUCGUCGAGAAGGUUAUUGACACGGGCUGUCAGAUUGUUGCUAGGCAGCCAGUAGACACCGAAACAGAUUCAACAAGCAUUCCUGAGUUUAUAGAACGAGAUUUUGAGGCAAAUCAGAACGACGGCAAUAUUUCUGAUACACAAACACAUGAAAUCAAAUUAUACGAUCGCAAUGAUCAAAAUAACGCGGACAAAGCUGAAGUCGAUUCACAUGAAGAAAACGAAAAAGAUGGCUAUUUCCGUUUGUCAUUUUCUCGAGGCGAACUUGUCCUGGUCAAAAGCCUCUCGGAGCUGCAAGUUUUAUGUUGGCGCGUCCUGAAAGCCUACCAGAAAGCUUAUUUAGAGACUCAGCCGCAAGUUUUGACAUCAUAUCACUGGAAAACGGUAUUCUUCUGGGUCGUAGAAGAGACAAAGCCAAGCUUCUGGAACGAGGAAAAUUUAAUGAACGCUGUUUUGAAAAUGCUUGAUAGGAUGAUUGAUUGCAUCAAAAAACGCUUUCUCCCUCUUUAUUUUGUUCGAACCCAAAACUUAAUAACGUCCAAACACGAAGAAGCGAUAGAAAAAGCACUCGAAAAGAUUAAAAUUAUUCGUGAAAAGCCAAUUGAAAGACUCCAACAGUUUCUUGACAACCCUCCAAAACCAGACAUCAAAAAACCGGAAAAACAAGCUGCGAAACAUAACAAACCAAUAACAGCAUCGGACGUUUUUAAUGAAAACUUCAAUGACAAAAACGCAGACUUGUUCAGUAGUCGUGAACAGGGUGUAAUGGAUUUUUUAAAAGAAACGUUGUCACGUGCCAGCUACAGGGGAUCUUUUCAAACCGAUGAACUAAACGAAUCAAUACUAACGUGCGCGGAAGAAACUCCAGAGAGCCAGAACUCAUCUACAGAGAAACAAGCUGAGCAAAUGGGAAUAAAUUGGAAACAAAACUUAGUUGAUGUAGUUCAUCAGCUGACAGGUGCAUCACAUACAGAAGAUGUACUUAAUAACGACCAGUGCGCAUCCGGAAUACCGGAAAGCGAGAUACCAAACCUGGAAUCGGUACUGAAGUUAGUAGGGGAAAAUUUUAAGAUGCUGAGUGGGGGAGAGAAAAGUGAAGCUGACCCAGACUUUGGUCGGGCUCUUGUCGAAUUGACGAACCAAAACCAGAAUCGUAAUGAAAGCGCACCUAGUGAUACAAAUAAUGCGUUCGAUUUUGGGACCUUAAUGGCCAAUAUAAGACAAUUUACGAGGAAAGAAAUUGAAAGGCAAGAAGAGGGGAGAAACCAUAAUCACGAUGCUGAGGGUUCAUCCGCUGAAAAAUAAAGAGAAAAUCACAUAGGUUUCGAUACCGAAACGACAUGUGUUUUUUAAUUGUGCAUGCGUCGAGACAUUUUGAAAAUAAAGAGAGUUUUCAAGGCCAGACAUUUUAACAAUACAAAUAUAUAUCACAAAGGUCAAUAACAUAUAACUCUCAUAUGUUUCAAUUUUAUAUGACGUGCGAUUUAGUAAACGAAAGUACUACCUUUCAAAUAUUUAAUUGUCAGACAUUUAAAACUGCGUUUAAACAUUUCAUCAUCAGACUCAAAAGUGAUUUAUAUAUGAACAUUUCUUGAUUAAUGACUUUUGAUAUACAUGUACUACAAUCUGAUAAACGACAAUUAUCGCAGAAAGCAUAAAUGUUUUCACGGUUAUCGAGUUUAUUUGUUUGAACUUUAUUAACAUGCUACUAAUUGAUACUGUUAACCAUGGAUUUCAUAAAAGAAAGCAAAAAACACCACAUCAACAACAUAAACAUGGGUGAAGAAAAUAUAGGAAUGGUCUAUUUUUUUUACUGCUAAGCAAUUUCAGUGACACUAUGGCCUGAUCCGUCUGUGUACAAUUUAUGUCGUAAUAUUUCUUUUACUUAAUAACAUGCGAUUGUUUUAUUGU